AUGUCCUUCUCUGUUGUAUAUACCCAAAAAGCUUGUCCUGCUUCGUGUGGAGGUUGUGAUGAGAAAUCACUAAGUAAAUUUUUUCACAAUAACCUUUCAUUGGGAACUUACACAGAUGAAGGAAAAAUAGUUGAUAAUAUUGGACAACUUGUUCUUGCGUGUUUAUUAUCAUCUUUGAAAUUCUUAUUGGGUAGAUUACUGGAUAAUGCCCUUCUUAAUUUGGGAUUAAAGGAAAGUUUUGGAGAGGGUAUCAAGAAUUUAGAUUUUAGAAUAAAGGAUGUCCUUGAUGAUGAAGUUGAUACUACUCUUGGUAAUGGAGGUCUCAGUCGUCUUGCCGCUUAUUAUAUAGAUUCUUUAGCUACAUUAGCUUGGGAUACAGCCUUAAAUAUACUUAUAGUAUCUUUCAACAAAGUAGAGUUCCCUGGUUAUUGGCUAAAUUUCAAUAAUCCUUGGGAGCUACCACGUCUUGAAGUUGUUGUUAAUAUUCAAUUCAGUGAAUCAGUUAGUAUAUAUACUGAUGAAGAGGGUCGAAAAUGA